AUGCGCGGUGCCAGACUGCCCGUCUCCUGGGCCCCAGGUUUUGGCCCCAGACAGUUUUCCAACCCGCAAGGCGCCUUUGCUCGCGACCUCAUCCCCAGAGCAAAUGUGUCUACCAUCCGCUCUGGCAUAAAUCGGUUAUACCCAGCCACCUCGGUCCGCUAUUCCUCUCAUCAGGCGGCCAAUGUCCCGCUCUUGGUUCGCUAUAACAGCUUCAUAUAUACACGCCCUGCGUCGCCUAUUGUUUCUCAAGCCAGGCUGCUGUGUUCAACUUCACGUCUACUGCAAGCAAAGCCCCCAUCCCCGCUCCCAAGCGCUCCUGACGCUAGCGGUCAAUCGGCUCCCGGGAAAGAGGACGAAGAUGUGGACAAAGGAUUCGAGUUGUCUGAAAGAGCUGCACAAGCAGCACAGGUUAAUCUGCGGGCCAAAUUGGCCAAGGAUGGCUCGUCGGGGAAGAAGGCCGGAUCCUCCGAGAUCUGGCGGCUGUUCAAGAUUGCACGGCCUGAAACCAAGGCGCUCGGGUUUGCGUUCUUCUUCCUGCUGGUCUCCUCGUCGAUUACCAUGUCUAUUCCCUUCUCGAUCGGUAAGAUCAUGGACACGGCCACGAAAAGUGCAGCUGAAGGAGGCAGUGAACUGUUUGGUUUGAGUCUUCCAAUGUUCUACACUGCUUUGGGUGGAGUUCUCCUUGUGGGUGCCGCAGCCAACUAUGGUCGCAUCAUCAUCCUCCGAAUUGUGGGCGAGCGCAUUGUUGCGAGGUUGCGCUCCAAACUUUUCCGGCAAACAUUCGUCCAAGACGCCGAGUUCUUCGAUGCGAACCGAGUUGGUGAUCUGAUUUCACGACUUAGCUCUGAUACCAUCAUUGUUGGCAAAAGUAUCACACAGAAUCUGUCUGAUGGCUUACGGGCGGGUGUCAGCGGUGCCGCUGGAUUUGGCUUGAUGGCAUACACAAGUCUGAAGCUCUCCAGCAUCUUGGCUUUGCUGCUUCCGCCACUCGGCCUUGGUGCUCUCUUCUACGGUCGGGCUAUCAGGAACCUCAGCCGUCAAAUUCAGAAGAACCUGGGUUCCCUGACCAAAAUUGCCGAGGAACGCUUGGGCAACGUAAAGACCAGCCAGUCCUUCGCAGGCGAAAUCCUCGAGGUGAAUCGGUACAACAACCAAGUCCGCAAGAUUUUCAACCUCGGCAGGAAGGAGUCUUUGAUCAGCGCGACUUUCUUCAGCUCGACUGGACUGAUGGGCAACAUGACGAUUUUGACGCUGCUCUAUGUGGGCGGUGGCAUGGUCCAGUCAGGAGCUAUCAGUAUUGGAGAGUUGACCUCAUUUUUGAUGUACACUGCCUAUGCUGGCUCUAGCAUGUUUGGCUUGUCAAGCUUCUACUCGGAGCUGAUGAAAGGUGUGGGUGCGGCGAGUCGACUCUUCGAGUUGCAAGACCGCGAGCCCACGAUUCAUCCCACCAAAGGACUCAAGGUCGAGUCUGCCCGUGGGCCAAUCCGUUUCGAGAACGUCUCUUUCAGUUAUCCUACUCGCCCUGCCGUGGAAAUCUUCCGGGAUUUGGAUUUUGAGAUCCCGCAAGGAACCAAUGUUGCAAUUGUCGGGCCCUCGGGUGGAGGCAAAUCGACCAUUGCUUCGAUUCUGCUUCGAUUCUACAGUCCCACCUCCGGGAAAGUACUGAUCAAUGGGAAGGAUAUCAGUGGAAUGAAUGCCAAGUCUCUGCGGAGAAAGAUUGGUGUCGUUUCACAAGAGCCUGUUCUCUUCUCUGGAACGAUUGCCGAGAACAUUGCCUAUGGCCGUCCCGAAGCGACACGCUCGGAGAUCAUUGCUGCUGCGCGCAAGGCUAACUGCCAAUUUAUCAGUGAUUUCCCGGAUGGCCUCGACACUCACGCAGGAGCUCGCGGGGCUCAGCUAUCAGGUGGACAGAAACAGCGGAUUGCUAUUGCCCGCGCCCUGAUCAAGGAACCCGAUAUUUUGAUUCUUGACGAAGCCACUUCUGCUCUCGAUGCGGAGUCGGAGACCUUGGUCAACAGUGCUUUGGCUGCUUUGCUCCGAGGCAACAACACGACAAUCAGCAUUGCCCACCGUCUUUCUACCAUUAAGCGAUCUGACACCAUUAUUGUACUUAGCCCCGACGGCACAGUCGCCGAACAAGGCUCCUACGAGGAGCUUAGCUCCCGCCCGGACGGCGCUUUCACGAAGCUUAUGGAAUGGCAGAUGAGCGGCGGCGAGUCUACGCCUGCACCUGCGAAGGCAGUGGAGGCCGAGGAGCUCUGGCAGCUUCAGAAGGAGACACAGCCGAACCUAGAUGAAGAGGAGGAAGGUAAUGACCAUACCCGCAAACAGGGGUAG